CCUGUACAGGACAGAAUGUGUUCAGCUCGACAAAUUUACAUAAAUGUUCGAUCGCUGCAGUGUGAUUCUGAAGAGCUGUGCAGUCGGGCAAUUGCGGCAUUUACCUUCGUGAGGUGCGGAGCUGAGCCGGUCCUUUCUCCUGCUGUCACCUCCGAGCCCAUCCCGACAGUCAACAUCAUGGCCAUGUCCCUGAAACGCACCGAGGGGGUCACUGUAAUCACCCUGACCUCUGACCCCUCCAGCACGUGCCCUCCCGUCUGUCAGCUCUUGGGGUCACUGUGCUACACCCCGGCGCUCUGCUCGAGGUCCCGCCGCGUGGCCAUUCCUGGCCGCGGGUCCCUCGCCGUGCUGGGGUCCCUCUGGAUCAUGGCUGGUGUGAUGCAGGCGGCCCUGGGCUCCAUCCUUCUCUUCACUCGGGUCAGCACUUCGUACAUGCUCAGAGACAUGUACUGCCCCCUGUGGUUGGGAGCGCUGUUCGUGGGCGUCGGAGUGAGUAAUAUUCUGACGGAGAAGUACCCACGCCCCAGUGUCCUGCUCUUCAACUUCAUCUUCAACCUGGCCGGAGCAGUCAUGUCCGUCUUCGCCAUCAUCUGGUACUCCUCGCAGUUCAACAACUAUGGUUUCAGCUACAUGCUCCCGUGUGUGAAGCAGAAUAAUGAUUAUUACUGGUAUGGGAGGCAAACCACUACCCCGAACCCCCAGGAGGACGCGGCAGUGCAGCGCUGUCUGGAGGUGCUAGAGGUGCUCCUGUCGGUGGUGUUUGGGGUGAGUGUGCUGCUGGUGGCCGUAACUGCCCUGGGCCUGUGUUUGUGGCUCAGCUCGACUAUUCUCAGCAUCAAAGCCCUCAGAUCCCCACGAGACAAGAGCGAGAGCACGGACCUGAGCACGCCCCUGCUGGAGGACGACGGAACUGCGUCCAGCCAAUACGACAAGGAGUGAAUGUGUAGAGUAUUGGUUUUGGAAAAGUUGGCAUCAAAGAAUACAUGCAUCACGAAUUUCAGACUUCCGGUCAUCGUACAAUUCAUACUGGGAAGGAUUUUCUGAAAACGUGAGCAUCAAACCGCCAUAUUUGUUUUCCCAGUGGGAUGCAUCUAUUGACAAAGUCGAUCUUUUCAAGUCUUUUGAACCAUAUCGCUUUUGUUUUUGGUUCUGAUAUUGUCAUAUUUUAGUUUUGGGAUUCAGACAUCGUUAAUUGUGUGGUUGUUGAAUGUCCCAACAGCGGAAAACAGCUUGAGAAAUGGACUUCAGAAGUUUGCAAACUCUAUAACUGCAAAAGUGAAUAAUAAAAUAAAAAUAAUAAAAGUAAUAAUGUAAUGCUCACUUUUUCGGAAAAUCCUUCCCAGUAUGCAUUGCACGAUGACCGGAAGUACAAAAUUCGUGAUGCAUGUAUUCUUUGAUGCCAACUUUUCCAAAACCGGUACCAGUACCAGUACUUCAUUUUGAGUACUUGCCGAUACCAAAUAGCAAUACCAAUACCAGGUAUUAUCUUUAGAAUAUGAGCUACUUUUUUUUUUUUUUAAAUUGCUUUAGACCAGUACCUAUUUGUGGGAGCUGUUUUUUUCUACUAAGAUCACUAUAGUUAGAUCUAAUACUCUUUAGAAGCACCUUUACUUUUUACUUCUAACCAUACGACUGCAGACUGCUCUUGGUUUUCACUUAUAAUCACAUGUUAGCCACGUUAGCCACGUUAGCCAUGUUAGCAUGCUACUACGUAAACACAAGCACUGAGCUGAUAACAUUUAUGAACUAUCAAAACAUUUGACCGUCACAUCAGAUUUAAAUGUUUUAGUCUCACAAAGUUCAGCUCUCUGCUCGUCUGAGACGUGGGCGUUAAAUAAAAACACACUGCAGCUACAGUGGAAUCAGUUCUUGGUUUUAGCAGUACAGGCGAGUACAAGUACAAGUACAAGUACAAGCAAGUAUCAGGUACUGGUAUCGGUAUCUGUGAAUCCCUAAUGGAAAAAAACAAAAAUAAAAAAGUUUAGCCUAUUUCCAUCUUGGAAUUAAAAUAACCACUGUCACAUUUAUGUCAAAUAGUCUCUGUUAAACUCAUGACCAAAGACAGCUUGUACUGCACUUUGUGUAUGUUUUAUAUAUAUGUGUAUAUUUCCUGGUAAUAUUUUUCCUCACUGUGGGCGUCUCUCCUCAUGUGUCUGAAGUCCACCGUGACAAACCUGCAGGUGAAGGAUUUUCCUCUAAAUAAAACAAUGUAAAAUCUCACAAAA